CGCCUUGACAACAUGCUGUUUGAUGUCCAAUCUCAUAGUUUUUACGCAAAAACUACCGACAAAACAACUGGUGUUCCACUCUCAACUGCAUAGCGCAAUAUUUUGCCUGCCCUUCAUUCGAUAUUCAGUGUUAUAGAUUUUUUGAGCUAUCUUCUCGCCCCUACCACCACUUUCGUCAAUCUACCCAGACUACAUAGCGAGCUAAUCCAAUAUGGCGACCGGAAGAUCGUAUCGCGCUGUUCCUCAGUUUCUUCGAAAAUGACAAUUUCCCACAUACACUUUUGAUUACUUCGUCAAGUUCCGCAGGAUAAAGAUCUAUCAUAAAUGAAUGUUCCUGAAAAUAAAAAGCGUGAAAAUAGCAGGCAAGUAGAGAGAAGAGCAUUGCUAGUGGGUCCAACAUAUGAAGGACUUGAUAAGAAGUUUCAUCUUGAAGGCACUGCUAAUGACGUUAAGCUGAUAACUGAUCUCAUCACUCAUGCACCAUUUUGUUUCCCUCAAGAAAACAUCAAGAUUCUGGUUGGAGGGGAUGCCACAAGAUCAAGUAUUCUGACAAGUCUUGAAAGCCUUUGUCAGGAUGCUGCAGAGGAAAGUGUUGUGCUGUUUUUCUUCUGUGGUCAUGGAUUCUAUCUAAGAGACAUCAAGGAUGAAGGCAUUGUCCCUUCAGAUAUCACAACAAGAAUGUUGAUAAACAAUGCAGUUAAGGAUGUUUGUAUCACUGGGAAGGACUUUGCGUCGUAUCUGGAGCUGUUGGCAUCAAAAGAAGUGUUCACGACGUUGAUGUUUGACUGCUGCUAUUCUGGUCAUGUUUACCGUGAUGCAGAGUACAAAGACAGCAUGUUUACACCACUUAGACCACGCCAAAUUGAGGUAGCCUGUCGUCUCCAAUCUCGCUCAAAUUCAUCUCCAGGGUCACCUUUAGUUGAACCUAGCCUCAAUGCACACUUGGAGAACAAUAACUUUUCAAUGUGGCCUCGUUCAGGCUGGAGACCUUCUCGUGCUGAUAGAUUUGUCCACAUUGCUGCUUGUUCUUCUGCGGAGAAGGCAUAUGAGGGAGUUGAUCACUAUACGGACACAACAUGUGGGCUACUAACCUGUGCUGUCAGAAGAGUGUUUGGCAAGUUGUCACAUCCAGAAAAGGUGUCCUAUAAAGUGUUAUGCAGCCUAAUAAUGCGGGAGUUCAAGGAACUGCAUGUUUCUGUCAAACAGACACCACAGUUUGAAGGAGGCAAUCUUAACACUAGGGUGUUCGAUAGAAUUACAGUUCCAGAUGUCCAUGUCAGUGGUGUCCCUGUGGACCGUGUGUUUCGAAAUGGGUCACGUGAUGAGGUCAUUCUAGAAGCGGGUAUCUUGCAGCUAUUACGUGACGGAGAGUAUGAAGUGUUUGAGCCUACAGUCACCAAGGAAGAGUUGGCAUGCGGUAACAGCACUGAGAAGUGGGUGGCGAGGAUAGACGUGAAUCAGUAUGACAUCUUCGAGACGCAAGCACUCGCGUUAGUCGUAGAAAAAGCAAAAGAUAUACGGCCUGGGUGUUUGGCAUUCCUGCGCGAAGCUAGGAGCGUAAGGCACAAAGUCCGAGUGCAUCAGAGUACCAAUCACGUGAACGACACGUGCGAGUUGCUGACUCAGCUAAAGACUGCUCAAAUGUUCCACGUGGAAUGCAGUUCAACGGAAGAGGAAGAACACUUUACUUCAGCUGCAGAUGAUACGUUUGGUCACAUGGACACGAUAACGUUGAUGAACUUCCAUAAUGCCAUUGGUUUAUCGCAGAAUAAGAUAUUGAAUGACGAUAAUAAAAAAGUCACGAAUAACCAGGAAUCGCAUACUCAAACUACUGUAUAUCGACCUGAAUGCCGACGAGAGAGUGGAUCUCAGACUAGCGACGACAUCAUUCAUGUCUCGCCCGAACAAGUGCACACAAGCAAAGCGUUCUGGGUCGCUCGACGCAGAGGCAAGAUGAUCACUCCGCCAAUAAGCCUGGGGCGAGAGCACGUCGUAGUUGACAACCUGUGUCGGUUGCUAAGAUAUGAGAUGGCCUUAGCGAAUGCUGAUAUCGCUUUUGGUUCCAUGAUAAACGUGACGUUCAAAGUCUCUAGGCUGGAAAGGGUGCAACCAUACCGAGCUGGCCUGGAAAAGAGUCAAAGAAUUCGAGAGGGACUGAGUGCCGGGGAUUUAUAUGAAGGCGGUCCCGUGACUGAGCGGCCUCGGUUCCGUGCGCACCUUGUGACUCAGCGGUCUGACCGUGGGCGCGUCAGGCUAGUCCCAGUGCCCUGCUCAGGUGACGCACUUGUGUUCCAGGUCACCAAUAAUGAAGAUCACGUGAUCCAUGUCUGUGUAUUAAUGUUCCAACUGGAUGGUUCGGUCGUUUCUUUGUACCCAGAUUCUAACGGGAGAACACAAGAGCUGCGGCCCGGGGAUUCGAUAGAAGACAUUCAUCGUCUCUUCAUACCUGAUCACUCCCUGCGCGGGAUCGCCCGUCCAGACCCGCGGGACCCCGAGCCUCGUUACGGUGUCGAUACCGUCGUGCUUUUCGCGACAAGUGAGGAAGCAUCCUAUUUAGCGUUGCUUCAAACGCCAUUGGAAACCGAGCCAGAACUCGUGCCCAGGGCCCUGGAUAAGCAGACACCGUUGCAUCCACUCAGAAAGUUUCGUCUUGCUUUGACCAACCGCUGUAGUCUGGAUGCUCAGUGCGACAGCGGGCCCGCCUGGCAAGUCAUGAAACGAGAGUUCGAGGUCUGGAAACAUCCUCAACAUCAGUAAAGCCUUUCCCAUGCUAGAAA